UCAGGAUUAUAAUGGUUCGAACUCCUGUGAAAGUUCCUGCAAUUCCGAACCAAAAUGUCCCCAAUAUAUCAGACACAGUCAAGCUCAAACACAAGGCAAAAGGCGACAGUAAACAAGAGCACAUAUCGAAGGCCGGAAAAGUGAAGACAAGUAAUUUUAAGGCGAUAGUUUCCAACAUAACGGUAGAAGAGAUUUUGGAAAAGGCAGGAGAGUCAGAUACAAAGGCAGUUGAGUCAGUCAAUUUACAUGCUUGUGGGAUCACAAAAAUUGUACACAUGGAGAAAUUUUUCAAUUUGAAGGCGCUAGAUCUUUCCUGUAACACCAUCACAAAAAUAGAGAACCUUACAAACUCGGCGCUGAAAGAUCUGAAGCUGUACGGAAACAUGAUUUCGUCAGUUUCAGGACUUGUUGAUCUGACCAAUUUGGAAACAAUAUCUUUGCAACAUAAUAAAAUCAAUUCGAUUAGUGACGGUUUUGCAUCCCAGAAAAAGCUCAAGUCGCUACGACUUGACAGUAAUCAUUUGACACAUAUUGAGCCACGAGAUUUCAACUACUGUCGCAACUUAGAAAGUUUGGAUAUCAGUUACAACUUUCUUGAAAGUCUUUCUGCGCUCAAGUUUGCCUCUGUUUUGAAUGACCUUUCAGCCAUUGGGAAUCGUCUGAGGAAAGUUGACUGCAGUGGCAAUGUUACUCUGGUAGAGUUAGAUCUGUCUUUCAACCAAAUCGAAGAUGCUUCUGGCAUUUCAUGCCUGGUAAAUUUGCAAGUUUUGAAGCUGACCAAUAACAAAAUUUCCUCAUUGAAACCGCUUGGAGAUCUGAAAAAGCUAGCAGAGCUUCACAUGGGUACGAAUUUACUCACCAACUUAAAUUACAUUCGAAAACAAUUUCCGAAUUUAGACUACUUGGACGUGAGAAAAAACAAUAUUGCAGACUGGAAGCAUUUUGAAUACCUUAAAUUCUGUCCAUCUGUCAGAGAAAUCUAUAUUGAAGGUAACCCGUGUGUUGUCGACUUCACAAAUGAAGACAGAAAAGCACUGAAGCAGGUGUUGCCAAAGAUGGAAAUGGUCGACGGGACUUACCUUGCCGCGAAAGACGAGCAAUCGGCAAUGUAUGCCAAGAGGGCGGCUAGUGCCUCAACUGCGAUUACCGUUCGUCAAUUGGAAAACGAGAUCAACAGUUUGUCGAUUAAUUUGGACGAAAAUGAGCGGAACAUUCUUCGGACAUUCGAUUCCAUUCGAGGACUGAUGGAUACCUUGCCUUUGCACCCUCCGAGAAUCUCUGAGGCAAAUCAUCUGCCCCCUGAGUUAAGAGGCAGUCAGCCUGGUACUUCAAGAAUUGGUUCUGCUAGGAAUAGCAGUAGGACUAGACUAGAAGAAGCAAAAUUGUUUGCAGCUUCUAUGAGCGUAGAUGACGAUUAAGCUUCUCAAAAACUUGGACUAGGAAAAGUUUGAAAUAGCUUCUGAGCGUGCAGAAAAUAUUUUUCUACGCGUGUGUAUGUAAAUAUGUUCAUAUGUACAAA